GUAAGAAAUUACGCUACGGUUGUAAGGAGCUCCAGCGGUGGAUACGCAGCAAAUGGCAGACGGAGCCAUGGUGACCACCAAAGUUGCUCUCUGUGACUGGUUUUUAUUCAUGGUGUCCUACCCAAGAACACAACCGCUGACCAACACACAAAAAUUCACCCAGUGGUCGGCCCUGAUCGCCUAUUGCCUGGGAGGAGCCAGUUUGCUUCUUUGCCCUCAGCUGUGGAAGUUUUUGUUACAGUUAAGCUUCGAGGGUCGUACUGAGGGGUACCUUCGUCUUGUUGGAUUGGGUGUAUUUAUAAUUGGAUUUAUACUCGUCAUCUCCGCGCGCUCCAAUAACCAAGUACCCAGGCACGGGGUCAUUUUAGGGUCCAUUCCAUCGCGUCUCAUCGGCGUAAAUGGGAUCAUACUCAUGAUGGUCCUCAGAGGCUAUAUCCCGUUAUCUUUUGCGCUGGUGUUCAUGGUGAUCGAUACAUCACUUCCCCUGAUCACCCUGGUGUUAUUGCGCCGUGAAACAGAAGAAUCCUCUUCGGGAAUUUCUUGCCGAAACAUCUGCGCAGAAAUGGUAGUCAUCUUUUUCGUUGGCGUGUUCCAGUUGUUCUUCUGGCUCGUGUUUCUUAUAAGGCCUGACAUCGCUUAUGACAUCCUACAGCUUGAUGAGUUCAAUGGUCACUCCGCUGGCUUCUUGGCAAGUGCGUUUUUCACCCUAUCCAUUCAUGGUUGGUAUCACAUAGCGAACGCAUGCACUGUUAAUCGACCGGCUGUCCCAGCGGCCUUUUUUUACCGAGUGUUCAUCAGUGUACCGGUGCUAUUCAUUUUGGUUUUGGUGGAUCAGAUUGAGCGCAAUCUUUUCCUUGCUUUGAUGAGUCUCGACAUAUGUUUUUCGAUUAUGAUUUUACUAUUUCUGGCUUUUGGCCAAAAUCCUACCACAUCGUCAACUGAGAUUUCUGAAGAAACACUGCUAAAACAUGAAGAUAGAGACUAAACUGUAUUG